UUUGUGAGGCUGCCAUGUUGCCUGCGAGGUAACUGCCCGUCCGCCCCAGAGGAGAUACUGCGGCACUGAGUCACCGGUCCCGGUCUGUGCAGUGCUGUGUGGCUCUCAGGUUCACCGUGUUGCUUAAUUAGGACAUCCCGGAAGAGUGUCGGUCCUGCGCGCAGCUGAGUGACUGUGCAGGGAGGCAGGAGGAGACCGGAGCGCACAGCCACGAAUCGAAGAGGAUACUGACAAAUCCCAACAAAACAUCCCUGCAGAAAUACACCGCGGACCAGAGGGAGGAGGUUUGUCACCAUGGAAGGUUUAAUGGAGCGGCUGGAGCGAGCUGUGACUCGCCUGGAGAAGAUGUCCGUCACCAUGCAGGCACCCGGUGGCAUGGCCAACGGAGACUGUGUCAACGGCAUCGAUGGAGGUUUGUCUCCGUGUGUCGAAGCUUUUGACAUCGUACUGAAAGGUCCAGUGUCAGACUACCUGAACUACAGCCGGGCCAUAGGAAAUGAGGUUGAGAAACAUGCGGAUAUGGUGAACAAAGCCCUGCAGACUCAAAGAACUUUCCUCAAGAUGGCUGCCACACACCAGGAACCUGCACAGAUGGAGUUUAAUGACCUGCUCAAGCCAAUUUCGGAUCACAUCCAGGAGAUCCAGAGCUUCCGAGAACGAAACCGCGGCAGCAGCCUCUUCAACCACCUGUCGGCCGUCAGCGAGAGCAUCCCUGCUCUAGGCUGGGUAGCUGUGAGUCAGAAGCCGGGUCCAUAUGUGAAGGAGAUGAAUGAUGCUGCCACCUUUUACACCAACAGAGUGCUGAAGGAUUACAAGGAGACUGACAGACGUCAUGUAGACUGGGUGCGUUCCUACCUGUCAAUCUGGACCGAGGUGCAGUCCUUCAUCAAACAGCACCACACUACAGGACUGGUGUGGAGCAAGAGUGUGAGUACAACAUGCAUCUGUUCAUUUAUUAAACACUUUAUUAUUAUUACAUGUACACCAACCUGUAAGAAUGUAAAAUGCGCACUUUCAGCCAUCAUCCAGCCCCGCUUCUUAAAUCCCCCUCCUCCCCCCGGACCUCCUCCAGUCUUCACUGAUGAUGACUCCCAGCCUCAGGCAGGCGGUGCGUCGGCCCCGCACUCAGCGCUGUUUGCCCAGCUCAACCAGGGCAUGGACAUCACUAAAGGUCUGAAGCACGUCUCCGAAGACAAGAAGACCCAUAAGAACCCCAAUCUGCGUUCGCAAGGAACACCGACCAAAACAAAGUCCCCAGGUACCGCAAAGUCGCCCAAAGCAGCCGUCCAGAAAAGACCCCCUCUGCUGGAGCUGGAGGGGAAAAAAUGGAGGGUGGAGAACUUUGAGCAGAAACACGACCUGGUGAUCGAGGAGACGGAGCUGAAACAAGUGGCCUACGUCUUCAACUGCAACAACUCCACCUUGCAGAUUAAGGGCAAAAUUAACUCAAUCAUCAUAGACAACUGUAAGAAGCUGGGUUUGGUUUUUGAGAACGUCGUUGGGAUUGUGGAGAUCAUCAACUCAAAGGCAAUUCAAUUACAGGUGUUGGGAACAGUUCCCACCAUUUCCAUCAACAAGACCGAGGGCUGCCAGGUCUACCUGAGUAAGGACUCCCUAAACUGUGACAUCGUCAGUGCCAAGAGCUCUGAGAUGAACAUCAUGGUACCACAAGAUGACGACUAUAGGGAGUUUCCAGUACCGGAGCAGUUCAAGACAGUUUGGGACGGCUCCAAACUGGUGACAGAACCCACUGAGAUCGCAGGCUGAUUGAUGCUUCAUCGUCAUCACCACCAGAACACCAAUCAUCAUCACUGAUUUUAAAACAAGAUAAUCUUUCCGUCCCCUAAUUUUAUUGGGUUUAAGAGACAUAAAAGGGAUUUUAUACGCAGCCACUGCAACAGAUUAACUUUUGGUCCUCUCCUUGUUGCUGUAUUUGUGACUUUAUGAUGUCUCUCUAGCACUUUGAAACUGUUGAUUAUAAAUAACCAGAAGGUAGGUUGAUUGUUGCUCUCUAAAAGUAAAUUGAUAUCUCUGGUUUAAAUCCUACAAUCCCAAUAUAUUUACCCUUUCUUACAUUUCUGUGCCAUAAGCAACAAAGGCAUUAUGUAAGAAUAAGUAACUAUCUUCAAAAUCCCAUUAUCUUCUCAUCUAACUUUUUCUGGAUUACCAUUACUAAGACUGUACUUCAUCUACAUUCAUUUUUGUGUUUCAUUGUAUUAACGUUGAGGCACAAUUAGACCACCGCAGUCACACAUUAUUUUACAGAAAAAGCUAAAGAUUACACAACACACACAUACGACAUUCAGUGGCCAAGCAGACAGGGAUAACUUGGAGUUAGUGUAGGACUAUUUAGUAUAUUGUCUAUCUAAUUAAGUGUAUUUAGCUGCCUCUCUAACUGUGUAUAGUGCAUGGUAGUCAUGUAGUACAUAUUUCACUUAGUGAGUGAAGUUUAUGCAGCACGGUUCACUAUAUUUUGCAUUACCAGGUCACAGUCUUGCUAGUGCAUAGUACUGUAUGUGAAGCAUAAUCUAUCCGCAUAGAUGGAUGUAACAAUGUCAGGAGACGUUAAAUCAACUUGAUCGAAACAAUCAACUAAAUACAUGGCUACUAAUUUUUACUAAGUUACUGUACUGCAUUUAUACACCUUAAAAUACUAACUGUAGUACCCAUUACCUUUAGUCUCUAUAUUUGUACAUCACUCUGUUUUGUAAGAUGUAGCACUUGGCACCAGCAUAAGGGAGAAGAUACUGUACACCACUAAUACUUUUCCAAACUUUUAAUUUACAUGAAAACAAUUUGAUGUAAUUGUGUAUCAUUUUUCAAAUAAAAUCAAAACCCUCA